AUGUAUUUCACACUGAUCUGUACCAUUUUGUGUACUUUGUAUGUCACCAUAGACACUCUGAGUUUUCAUCUCAUAGGUGAUAGUGAAAUUACAUACAGUAGUAUCAUGGAGUUUUCAGCAAAAGAGAUUGACAAUAUUGUCACAGCUUUUAAAGAAUUAGAUGUUAAACCAAAUGUAGAUUCACCUCAAAGUUUUAUCGAUUGGAUGGUAGAUUAUCAUGAAUUUGUUUGGCCUAUACAUAUUCCUAAAUUGUCAUUGUUUUCGGGAAAAGGUGCAACUUCAUUUCAGGUUUGGCACUAUGAAGUUCGAUGCUUAAUGCAAGAAGGAUAUCCUACAGAUAAAAUACUUCAAGCCAUUCGACAGUCCCUGAAAGGAGAAGCCAGCAGAACUGUCAUGAACCUAGGUGUCGAAGCAACUCUAUCAGACAUUCUUGCUAGGUUGGACAGUGUAUAUGGACUUGUCGAUAGGGCUGAGGCUAUUCUUGCAGAAUUUUAUUCAGCACAACAGAAACCCAGUGAAAAUGUUACAUCAUGGAGUUGUAGGUUGGAGGAUAUUAUGUGUAAAGUACGUCAGACUAAGGACAUUGACCAUACAGAAAGGAAUUUAAUGCUACACAACAUGUUGUGGAUUGGACUUAAACCUUCACUGAAGCACAUAACUGGAUAUCUGUAUGACAGCAUUCAAAGUUUCGAAGAACUGUUAGUGGCUUUGAGGAGAGUGGAACAAGAACACUUGGUUAAUAGUGAUUGUCCUAUGGAAAACAGAAAUUCUAUGGAAUCAGAGGAGAAACAGAAUUCACACAAGAGACAGAAAUCUGUGAAAAAGAAAGACACUAGUGACAAUUUGGAAUCUGUCUUAUUUUACGCAAUUACAACUCUCCACAACCUACUGCUUCACCAGGAAGGUUCCAAGAUGGCUGUCCGAUUAGCAGGUGGUCUACAAAAAAUGGUGGCAUUACUGCAAAGGAACAAUGUCAAGUUCUUGGCUAUAACCACAGACUGUCUACAAAUUCUGGCUUAUGGAAAUCAAGAAAGCAAGCUGAUUGUGUUGGCCAGUGGUGGGCCUGGUGAACUGGUGAGGAUCAUGAGAUCUUACACAUACGAGAAACUGCUGUGGACAACCUCGCGAGUCAUCAAAGUUCUCUCGGUCUGCUCCAGUAACAAACCAGCCAUUGUGGAAGCAGGAGGAAUGCAGGCUUUGGCUAUGCACUUAGGACACCAAAGCCAGAGACUGGAACAGAACUGUUUGUGGACAAUAAGAAACUUGUCAGAUGCUGCAACAAAAUGUGAAAACAUGGAAGGCAUCUUACAAAUGCUUGUCCAGCUUCUCUCCUCAAACGAUCUCAAUGUGGUGACGUGUGCUGCUGGAAUCCUGUCGAACUUGACCUGUAACAACCAGCGUAACAAGGUCAUUGUAUGUCAAGUGAAUGGUAUUGAGGCUUUGGUCAGAACCAUCCUGCAGGCAGGAGACCGCGAGGACAUCACAGAACCAGCUGUGUGUGCAUUGAGGCAUUUGACCAGUCGUCAUCCAGAAUCUGAGAUGGCCCAGAAUGCUGUUCGUCUACACUAUGGACUUCCUGUUCUAGUCAAGCUACUUCACCCACCAAGCAGAUGGCCACUUAUCAAGGCUGUAGUUGGUCUCAUCAGGAAUCUGGCUCUAUGCCCUGCAAACCAUGCCCCACUGAGAGAACACGGAGCACUGCCCAGAAUCGUUCAUCUCCUCAUCAGAGCCCAUCAAGACACACAGAGGAGAGCCUCUAUCAGCUCCAAUGGGCAGGGAUCAGGGUAUGUUGAUGGUGUCCGUAUGGAGGAAAUUGUUGAAGGAACUGUGGGAGCACUUCACAUUUUGGCCAGAGAGGCUCACAACAGAGCUGUUAUCCGUGGCUUAAAUGGCAUUCCUCUUUUCGUGCAGCUGUUGUACUCUCCCAUUGAGAACAUUCAGCGUGUGGCUGCGGGGGUACUGUGUGAACUAGCAGCUGAUAAGGAGGGUGCUGAGCUUAUUGAACAAGAGGGAGCCACUGCACCACUCACUGAAUUAUUACACUCCAGAAAUGAAGGCGUCGCUACAUAUGCAGCAGCUGUACUUUUCCGCAUGUCUGAGGACAAGCCACAGGACUACAAGAAGAGACUAUCUGUAGAACUGACCAGCUCUCUGUUCCGGGACAACCAAAACAUGCCCUGGUCUGAUGUACAGCCCCCAGGAUUUGAGGAUGUAGGACACAUGAUGCCCCCUGCUGAUGAUUCCUACAGGGAUCAGAUGUACCAGCCUCCACAUCAUGACAGCCAGGGAAGCAUGCACAGCAAUGAUAUGAACAGGGGUUAUGAACACCAAAUCCCAAUUGACUCCAUGCAGGGUCUUGACAUUGGCAGUCAGGGAGGAAGUCAGUAUGGGGGGAUGGAAAAUCUGCCUGACUUGGGACCAAAUGCACAGUCAGGGGACCUCAAUUUCGAGAAUCUCGAGUCAAGUCUGCCUCAACAGUCUGGCAACAACCAAGCCAUGCCGUGGUUCGAUACGGACUUGUAAAUUAAUGUGCCACAGACUUGUAGAUGCCAUGACUUAACAACACAAGAGGCAUAACUCCUCUGCUUGGUCAAUACAAAGACUUCGCAAAUGUAUAAAACAAAGUAGUCAGUUCUUUUCUGUACAUUGGAUCUGAGGAUCUUUAGCACGAAGUAUUGUGUAUCUGUUAUUUGACGAACGGAGGAGGGAAAUUCCUGUUAAAAAGAAUUUAUAUUUAUGGUCUCUUUUUGAAAAAUUUCAGUAUAUGUACAUAUUUCACAUUGAUAAAAAAAAGAUCAAAAGAUUAUUUGGCAUGAUGAGGGGGACU